AUGGCUACCAAGACUACAAAUGUAAAAAUGAAUAGACAAGAUGAAAGACCAAAAGAGGAGAAUAGACAGGGAAGAGAAAUGAGAGAGAAAAUGGAUGGGGAAAAAAGAGAAACAGCAACUAUUGUCUCAGGAAAAGUUGCUGAACUUAAAGAAACCUCUACCCUCUCCAUGCUGUCUGUUGACAUGGAAAACAAGGAGAAUGGCUCGCUGGAUGUCAAAAAUUCAGUAGAGAAUGGGAGACCUCCUGACCCUGCUGACUGGGCUGUCACUGAUGUCGUAAAUUACUUCAGAACAGCAGGAUUUGAAGAACAAGCCAGUGCUUUUCAAGAACAGGAAAUUGACGGCAAAUCAUUGCUACUGAUGACAAGAAAUGAUGUAUUGACUGGACUUGCGUUAAAACUGGGGCCAGCUCUGAAAAUCUAUGAAUAUCACGUAAAGCCUCUACAGACACAACAUCUAAAGAACAAUUCUUUAUAG